ACCCCAACCUAGAGAUGAUACACAAGUUCAAUUUGAAUUUUAACUGUUAAGAUAACUUAAACGACAUUAAUUAGGAAAGUAUGAAACUAUUUAAUUUCAGAUAAUGCAUGGCAUCCACCACUCCAUAUUUCUCUUUUCCCAUCUACCCAACUUUCACUUUCUCAAAAUGGACAAAACGUGAGCACAAUAGGCCGUAAUAGUAAGGAGAACUUGUCCGGUUUGGUUUAGCAUGCAUGGUCGUCUUACUUUGUUAACCAUAUUUCAUUUUGGCCAAAAUGAAAAUCGAAAAACCGGAAUUAAAUGUUAAAUAACCGAGAUUAGAUCAUUUUGAUACAGUUCCAAUCCGAAGAAGAACAGUGUUAAAACCAGUGCUGUCAAAGCCGAACCGAGCCGGCCGGCCGGACCGCCAAAGCCGUCACCCGGCCGCAAAACCGGCUCGGAUCAGCUACUUAACCGCCACGGUUUAAUACAACGGCCGGCGAGCGGCCGAAGCGGUUAACCGCUCGAGCCGGUCGCUCGGUUCGACCGUUUAAUUAACCCUAAAAAAAAUGGAAUUGGGCAGCCGCCAGCCAAACAAAACUGAAAACCCUACCUUUCCUUUUCUUUCUCCAGUUCUUCGACCUGAACAAACGAAACGACAGAGGGAGAGCGACGCCGUCAACCAUCGCCAGCGCUUCCGUCCCGCCGCCUCAAGCAGCUCGCCGCCGCCAGUCGCCCUCGCCAGUCGCCAUCGUCGCUUCUCGCAAGCAGCAGUCACCCUCGCCAGUCGCCCUCGCAAGCAGCAAUCGCCGCCGCAAAGAACGGUUGUGAAGACUUCCCUGCUCACCGCCGCAAAGAACAGCCGACUCACCUCCUGCUCGAGGUAAGUUUCCUAUCAAAAACUGCCCUGCUCGAAGCAAAUUUCUAAAACAACUCUGUUAAACCUUAGCUUGGCCCCAGUGCAAUUGAGAGAGGCAUGUUUAUAAAUUUCUUGAAAUCGAGCAAGCAACCAGUAAAAAGAGAAAGAGAUAUCAAAGCUGUAAUUAGUUUGCAAAAUCCAAUUCAAAGAAAAACUGAAGAGAUCGAGAAAGGAAUUCGAAGAAAAACUUUCUCAAAGCUGUAAUUAGUUUACAAAAUCCAGCAAAGAGAUAUCAGAAUGAACUGAAAUGAAGAAAAAAAAAAAUAACAAACAAAGCCAAAAAGAAGAGGAAACAAUUUCCUAGCAGCAACCACUAAAGAUCGACCAAGCAAGUUAGAUUGUCAACCGACUCAUGUGAGCUUUACCUAAUCCCUAGGGUGCCUCCUACCAAGAUCGUUACUUGUUUACUUGAUUGAGUUAUUUAGAAGUUUCAGAAUGGUAGUGUUAGAUUUUCCCUUGUAACUUUGCUGAUUUGAUCUUUCUUUUGUAGAUGAGUAUUCCAAAUCAAGAUAGUGGUACUCAAUCAACAACACCAAGCUCUACUGCUUCAACUGGGCAAGCUGGUCGAGGAAAGAAUGAUCCUGCUUGGAAUUACAUCCAAGAAGUCAAAGAUGAUAAUGGGAAGUCAAAGGUGCUGGCACUCAAAUGCAUGCUAUGUGGAAUUGAGAAAAGGGGAGGUGGGAUUCAUCUGAUGCUAGUGAUGGUGAAUGAAAUGAUGAUGAAGUUGUAUUUGAUAGUUGUUUGAGUUUGAGACUUUGAGUGGUUUCCAUGUUUAAGACUCUUGUUUAAUGUUCAGACUCAUGUGAUAUUGCUUCUAUUUUGGAACAAUGUGGUGGUUUGGAAUUGAAUUUUAGAUCUUUCAGUACUGAUGUUCUAGAAUGGUUUAAGAGAGUAAUUUACUUGUGGUUUACCAUGAUUAAGAAGUGUCUACUAUUACAGAUGACUGUUUAUUAGGUACCGGUUCUCAAACGGUUUUUAAACGGUCUAAUGUCGGCUGGACCGCUAAUGACCAAGCCGUUCACGUUAUCGGAUCAUACUCCGGCUCGGCUUUGACAACAUUGGUUAAAACCAUAAUGAAGCAAUUUCUGAUUUCCCAUCUCGUUUCUUGAAAAAAAAAAAAGCCCCUCUCUCUCAUCCGUAUUAUCAAUUCCGUCUCCUUUCAGUUCUCUUCCCUCUCCAAUCCAUCUCGAUCCUUCAUCUUCAUCCCGAAGAGAUUGCAGGAAACUUGUAGCUCGAUAUGAAAGUCUCGUAUAUAAAAUUAAGUAGCUCUCAAAACACACGUAUGUAUACGUACACAAUCUUGCCCACACCCCUAAAAAAAAAUCCGACGAAAAUAUCCCUCUUCCUCUCGAAGCAUAUACAGACACAUAAUAAUAAGGACAUAUACGCGUUAGGGUUUUGAAUCCUCACUUGCUCCAAACAGUACCCGUAAUGGGUGGCUAUACGGUCCGAUCCGGUUAAAUUGGCCCAAAUUGAUCCGGUCCAGUCCGGUCUUUUUGAAAAUAUAAGGACCAAAGAUUGGAUUGGAUACAUUCCAGUCUUGAUCCGGUCCGGUCCCAAUUCGUUCUUGAUUUUAUAUUGAGCUUGUAGGGAUUUGAGUGGCCUAAGGUAUGAAAGGGUGAGGAGUUGGUUAAGUUUUGUACUAAGUGCAAAGGUUUAUGACCGUUUAUGCAAAUUACCCUAAAGUUUUGGGUGUUGAGCUCUCUUAUCCGGUCUUUAUCCAGUUUUCGAUCCGGUCCCGAACAGUUUUUUACCUCAAAUCUAAGCCCAAAGAUUGGAUUGGAUUGGAUUGUUUACAAUCCGGUCCCGGUCCGGUCUUGGUCCGGGUUAUACGGUCCGGUUUCGGGUAAAACAAAAAAAAACCGGACCAAAUAACCAGCCCUAAUAAACCAUGCAUGCUCUUAAUUACCAAACAUUUCCCCCUCUUAUCCAAGGAAAAAUAUAACAAAGAGUUGAAA